AAAAAAAUGAACUUUAAGUUGCACAACAAGACAAUUAAUUAACUUUCACCAACCAAUGGACACACAUAUUUCUUCUCUAUAAAUAGUUAAAUACGAGCCAGGAAAGAACCUAAAAUCCCAUCCAAAAACACUAAAUUCAAUUUCAAUUUGUAAUACAUAGUCUAAAAGAAAGAGAAUGGCAAGUUCAAUUGUAGCUGGGUACGAAUCUUGUGGUCUUCAUAGGAAGCCAUAUCCGAAUCCGAGCUCUCGAGCGGCUCUGUUUUGGAACCCUUUUUCAAAACUAUCUCUUUCAAACUGGCAAAAUGAUCCAAUCUGUUUUUCAAUCAAGAAAAUGCAAACCCGUUACAGAACUAAGAGGAAUUCUUUUGCUGUAUAUGCAAACAGUGUGCCAGGAGCUCCAUUGCCUUCUGGUCCACCUCCUAAUUCUCAUUCCUUGAGUUGGAUUAUUGGGCUGGUGAUAUCCCUAAUUCUACCUUUUUUCACCAACAAAUGGGGGCCAUUGUGGGUGAUUAAAAAUAGAAUCGAAAAUGCAGUCCAAAGGGUAGAGGAUGUAGUCGAGGCCGUGGAGAAAGUAGCGGAAAAAGUCGAUGAGAUUGCAGAAGACAUAGCCGACGAUCUUCCUCAAGGAAAAUUGAAAGAUUUAGUGGAAAUGAUUGAAAAUGUGGCUGAAAAAACAGCUAAAACUGCUGAUUCUUUGGAUAAUGUCAUUGAUAAGGCUCAGGAAGCUGAAGAGCGCUUAGAGGAAAUUGUAGCUGAAUCUCUAGCCAAAAUGCCCGAAAAUUCUCCAAAAGAAAAACAAAAUUAGUCAUGACAAAUUUGUAACUAACGAGACAUUUUUUUAUCAUUUGUUAGAAAAUAAUAUCUUUUUUGUCAUUUGUUUGGAGAUUUAUUCACACAAAUUUUAAGGUGAAAGACUAAUAGUUAGACAGAUCGAUUUAUCGUAUUUUUUAAUUAUGUUGCUUUGAAAAUUGAAAAUGUAUAAAUACCUGACCAUUAUAAAUAAUAUAGAUAGGUAGAUGCGUUUGAGUAGUAUGCCACUGUUAACCAUACAUAAUCAAUUUUUAACUUCGUUUCCUAUAGGAAUAUAUGCAUUCAAUUAAGUUAUAAAUUAAUUCAUUAACUAGUGACGAUUGUUGUUUUGACGUUUUAAUUUGUGUAUCGAACUGUUGCAUAUUUGUCGCUUCUUGGCAGGAGUAAUGUUAAAAUAAAAUAGAAUAACGUAUAUUUAUACACAUUUUCGGUAUUGCAAUUCUUUGUCUUUGUCUAAGUUCGACUCAAUUUGAUUCGUUAAGACUCGAUGUGUCUUUUACUAACUCUUAA